AUGCAUUUACUGGUAUAUCAAAGAAGACUGCUUUCCAUCAAUGUAAGUCCCCAUCCGCGAGCCGCUAUGGUCGACACAACCUCUACCGCCAUCAGCGCCCUCCUUGGUGUCGCCGCCCAUGCCGGCUACUUCAGUCGCUAUGAGGUUCACAAUCAUGUGUAUCGCAUCCUGACUACGUGGAUCUUGACCACCCUCAGUCUGGCGGUCAUGCUGAUCACUCAAGCCCAUAUGGGUAUCUUAGCCGCCAUUGGCACCUCUCUAUGGCUGGCAAUCUCCUUCGUGGCUGGCUUGUUCACGAGCAUUGCCAUCUACCGGCUCUUCCUGAACCCGCUGAAUCGGUUUCCCGGUCCACUGGCUGCUCGCCUCACAGACUUUUACAUGGCAAGCAUUACCGGCAAAAAGCUCAACCAACAUCAAGUCUUACAUGACCUCCACCAGCGGCAUGGAAAGAUCGUACGUCGUGGAGCGACUGAGCUCAGCAUCGCGGACUCAAACUUCUUCGAACCUACGUACAGUGCCCGAACAACGGUCCACCAAGCAGUAUGGUACGACCUCGAUGAUCCGCCUUCAAUCCUCGCAGACCGCGAUAAGGCACGUCACGCACUGAGGCGUAGGGAAUGGGCCCCAGCGUUCUCAGACAAGGCCUUGCGGGCGUACGAGCCCCGAGUCCAAACUUUUGCAGAUAAGCUGUUGGUCAAGAUUCGAGAACAGGAAGGUCGUCCGAUGAACAUGUCGCUGUGGAUAAAGCUGUACGCCUUCGACGUUAUGGGUUCCUUGGCGUUUGGCAAAGAUUAUGCAAUGCUUGACUCGGGCAAGACCCACCAUGCACUUCGUCUAUUGACGGAGGGUGGUAAGAUCCGAGGCAUAUCGUUGCCGAUGUGGUUCAUGAAGCUCCUGCUAGGUCUUCCCUUCGACAGCGUGGGCAGAGGCAACUUCCUCAAGUUCUGCCAAGAUGAGCUCGCAGAUGCCGUGCAGCACCACUUCUUCGACGAGAACUUCGAAAAGGGCACGAAGCCCACACCUGGAAGCACCAUCGCAUCAUGGCUCUACCACAUCUACGAAAACUCCCCCAACCCUGGUCGAGACCCUAUAUAUCAAACAGAUGCCAGGGUUCUUAUUGCUGCAGGAAGUGACACAACAGCGACGUCCACGACCUGGAUGUUUUAUGAGCUUGCCAAGCAUCCAGAGAACCAGACAAAGAUUCGAGAGGAGGUGAGAACGUGUGCGACGGGAGACUGGUCGGAUAAGGACCUUCGCAAUUGUAAACAUCUCGAUGCCACUAUCCAAGAAUCCCUAAGACUGCAUCAUCCUGCACCUGCAGGCAUGUUCCGCACAACUCCGCCAGAAGGUCUAAGGGUUGGCGACACUUUUAUCCCCGGGGGCACAACAUAUACUAUGCCUCCCUACACUGUUGGUCGAGACGAGGACCUGUACGAACGUGCCGAGGAGUUCAUACCAGAGCGUUGGUACAGCAAGCCAGGGAUGAUCAAAGGCAAAGUCGGGUUCCCGCCUUUUCUAAUGGGACCAGGCAAUUGCAUCGGCAAGAAUGUAGCCAUGAUGGAGAUGCGAACGCUGACUGCGACUCUUCUGCAAGAGUAUGAGGUGAGCUUUGCUCCCGGGGAGGACGGUUCGAGGCUGCUGAAUGAGUCGUUGGACCAUUUCACCAUGACGCUGGCGCCGCUUGAGCUUGUGUUCCGGAAGGUGGAGUGA